AUGGGGCUGUGGGAUGCAUGGGACUUGCCGGGCAAGUGCUGUAACCCUGCUGACCAGCAUGUUCCAGAACCACUAAACCUGUUACGAGCUGAAGUGGAGGGGUUGCAGGUCACCGUGCCUGAGAAGAAGAAGGUGGCCAUGUUGUUUCAGCCUGCUCUGCUUCGCUGCCAUUUCUCUACUUCUUCCACCCAACCAGCUGUGGUACAGUGGAGGUUUAAAUCUUACUGUCAGGACCGGAUGGGAGAAGCUUUGGGUAUGGCGACUUCUGGUUUACAAACGAUGAGCAAGAGGAACCUGGACUGGGAUCCCUACCUGGACUGUGUGGACAGCAGGAGGACAGUCCGUGUCGUCGCCUCCAAACAAGGAUCUGCCGUCACUAUAGGGGACUUCUAUAAGGAAAGAGAUGUCAGCAUUGUCCACGAUGCAGACCUUCAGAUUGGGAAGUUGAUGUGGGGAGACAGUGGGCUCUAUUACUGCCUUAUUAUCACACCAGAUGAUGUGGAGGGCAAGAAUGAAGAAUCGGUGGAGCUGCUUGUGCUUGGCAGGACAGGGCUGCUUGCUGAUCUCUUGCCCAGUUUUGCUGUGGAGAUUAUGCCAGAGUGGGUCUUUGUGGGCCUGGUGAUCCUGGGGGCGUUCCUGUUCUUCCUCCUGGUGGGGAUCUGCUGGUGCCAGUGCUGCCCACACAGCUGCUGCUGUUACGUCCGCUGCCCCUGCUGUCCCGAGUCCUGCUGCUGUCCCCGGGCAUUGUAUGUAGCAGGCAAAGCAGCAAAAGCCGGGUACCCUCCUGCAGUCUCUUCCAUGCCAGGUCCGUACUACAUCCCCAGUGUUCCUGUAGCUGGUGUCCCGUCUCCUGCUGUGCUGAUGGAUAAGUCGCACCCCCCUCCCUUAGCCCCAGGUGACUCCAGCGGAGGAAGCCAAAAUGCAGUGCGCAAAGGGUACAGGAUCCAGGCUGACAAGGAAAGGGACUCCAUGAAGGUGCUGUACUAUGUUGAGAAAGAACUGGCUCAGUUCGACCCAGCUAGGAGGAUGCGAGAACGAUAUAACAACACCAUCUCUGAACUCAGCUCUUUGCAUGAGGAGGACUUGAACUUCCGGCAACCCUACCGCCAGGUGCGAAGGAAACCUCUGCCUCCUGCAGGGGACCUGGAUGGCGAUGCUGAAUACUGGGCAGGAGUGAUGGGCGGGGGCAGCACGUCGAGAUCACAGGCUGUCUCCGAUUACAGAGAUGAGCGGGACAGUUUCCGGCACAGCCAGCAGAGAUCCAAGUCCGAGAUGUUGUCCCGUAAGAGUUUCUCUGUGGGAGUGCCGGCCGUCUCUAUGGAUGAGCUGGCAGCCUUUGCAGAGUCCUACAGCCAGCGGACCCGGCGGGCAGACAGCCAGGAAACUCGGCGUUUCGAGCGGUCAGAGUCGCACGGUGGCCGCGGCGGAGGGCUGCCCCACCAGGAUAGCUCCAUGGAGGAGUACUACACCAAGCGUAGCAGAGGGAACCGAGAGCCGCUGACUGACUUGGAUCGGGGCUGGUCAUACAGCCCACCCCGGAGACGGGCCCAUGAGGAGAAGCACCUGCCCAGGCUGGUGAGCCGGACGCCUGGAGGGAGCCAGAAAUACGAUCACUCCUACCUCAGCAGCGUCUUGGAGAGGAAAUCACGGAGCUACGAUGAGAGCGGUGACCACAGUGAAACCCCCUCAAAGCUGAGCUCGCAGCCCAGCCAGAGAGGAGGGGGAACAUACUAUGCCUGGUCACCACCCUCUACCUACAAAGCCGAGAAGUCGCAGCAGCAGCCGCAGCAGCCGCCACCACCACCGCCUCAGCAGGAGGAAGGGGAGGACACCCUGCCCCCAUACAGCGAGAGGGAGCUGAGCCGAGGCCCUUCGUACAGGGCCAGGGAGCAGGCCUACCUCAACGCCUCUGACAAGAAGAGGAAAAAGGAUGCCAAGAAAACAAACGAUUUCCCAACAAGGAUGUCUCUCGUGGUUUGAAGUUGUUGUGGACGUGUCAUAUUGAUGGGCUGGAUACCGUGAGGUGACUGCGUUGGAAAAGAGAGAGAGCAGCAAGCAAGACAGGCCUCCGCAAACCUUCGCAGCCACCAGCCAUGGACUCUUUGUUUCAAUUGUUUGUUUCAUCGGGGGAGCCGAGGCUUUCAUAAGAGACAGACUCCCAUGAACAGCACUCAACCUCAGAGGCUCUGGGAGUCUGCCAGGCAAAUGAGGCCAGGGCUCUCUUUGGCACCCUGCUUUCCAGUGCCCUCCCUUCUGUGCCGGAAGGCAGCCACGUCCCUACUGUCCCUGCAGCCCUGAACUACAAGUGAGGCUGCCUUUGUGCCUCUUGCCCUGUCUCAUGUGCAGAGAGACCUGUGUGCAUACCUCUUGCUCUCUCUGUCUCUUCAGUUCUCUGUUUGGAUCAAAAUUGUCUCCAUACUUAUACUUGGAGCCUUUUCUGUAUCAUCUUCAUGCUGGGAGGAGGCCUUGUUCUUACAGCUGCAGACUACCUCCAGCUGAUCAGACCCUAAAUUGUGAAAGAAAGUCUACAUCCUUUCAGGCAAUAUAGAAAAGGACUGAUGAGGUGUUACUUUGGCAAGGGCUGGACAGAGAGAGAGAGAGACAAUUAUGGACCGGUUUGUUCAAUAUAUUUAGUUCUGUUCAUUGUGUGAUGAGAGUUGCAGAUGAGAUUGAUGUAUUGUUUUGAAAGUGGAUCAAAGUAGCUUUUACUGUUAUGAGAACAUGAUGUGUUUUUUUCCCCCAUUCCCAACUGUGAUUUGUUUUGAUACAGUUGCAUUUUCUUGCAGCUGAGCUGUGACCGUGUAGAGGUUCAAGCUAGAAUAUCUACUCCACGGUAUCAUAAGCAGUGCUCUAGCCCUGCUGGCGCUCUGCUUCCAGCAC